AUGACCCUCUCCUCUCCCUGCGCCUUCUCGGGUCCGCCGGUUCGGGUGGAGGCGGCCCCACUGACGGACGACGGGCAGGUUCCCACGAACUCAGAAGUAAUUAUGGACCCUGUGCAGGGGCAGGUGAACUUUGAGGACGUGGCCGUGUACUUCUCCCGGGAGGAGUGGGGGCUCCUUGAUGAGGCUCAGAGGCUCCUGUACCGCGAUGUGAUGCUGGAGAACUUGGCACUUACGGCCUCGCUGGGAUAUGAAUCUUCCAUGUCCCUCGGGGUUGCCUCACUGGAGCUGGGCGGCAAGCCCUGGGUAUCUGACUGGGCAGACGUUACUCCAGCCAGGACCAGAGAGGCUCAGGGUUCUUGGCAUGGAACGGAGGACGAGGAGACAGCUUUUGAGCAGAACAUUUCUGUGGGUGUGUCACAGGUCAGGACUUCCAAGGCAGGCCCUUCUACCCAGAAGGCCCACCCCUGUGAGACAUGUGGCCCACUCUUGAAAGACAUUUUGCACUUGGCUGAGCCCCAGGGAACACACCCUGGGCAGAAAUCAUACACAUGUGGGGCAUGUGGGAAACAGUUCUGGUUCAGUACAAACCUUCAGCACCAGAAGCAGCACAGUGGAGGGGAACCCUUCAGAGGGAACGAGGGCGGCACCUUGCUUGUGAACAGCUGCCCUGUCGAACCAUUGGAGAUGCCUUUUAUGACCGGGAAGGGUUAUAAGGACUUCCCAACUAGCUCAAGCAUUUUCCAGCACCGUGCCCCUCAUAGCAAUUGGAAGCCAAACAGUAACGCCAAAUGUGUGGAGGCCUUUCACAGUGGACAAAGGCAUUACGAGUGCAGCGAAUGUGGGAAGGUCUUCAGCCGCAAAGACUCACUUGUCCAGCAUCAGAGAGUCCACACUGGAGAAAGGCCUUAUGAGUGCAGCGAAUGUGGGAAAACCUUCAGCCGCAAACCCAUACUUGCUCAGCACCAGAGAAUCCACACUGGAGAAAUGCCAUAUGAGUGUGGCAUAUGUGGGAAAGUUUUCAAUCAUAGCUCCAACCUUAUUGUACACCAGAGAGUCCACACUGGAGCAAGGCCUUACAAGUGCAGCGAGUGUGGGAAAGCCUACAGCCACAAAUCCACACUUGUUCAGCAUGAGAGCAUUCACACUGGAGAAAGGCCUUACGAGUGCAGCGAAUGUGGGAAAUACUUUGGUCACAAAUACAGACUCAUUAAACACUGGAGCGUCCAUACUGGGGCAAGGCCCUAUGAGUGCAUUGCCUGUGGGAAGUUCUUUAGCCAGAGCUCUGACCUUAUUGCGCACCAGAGAGUUCACAAUGGUGAAAAGCCCUAUGUGUGCAGCGACUGUGGAAAAGCCUUUAGCCACAAACAUGUACUUGUUCAGCAUCAUAGAAUUCACACUGGAGAAAGGCCAUAUAAGUGCAGUGAGUGCGGGAAGGCCUUCAGGCAAAGAGCUUCCCUCAUCCGACAUUGGAAAGUUCACACUGGAGAAAGGCCUUAG